AUGGGGAACUGCUUGGGGGGCAGCUCCUCCUACGUCAGCAAGGUCUCCUCCACUGCAAAGCCAGAGACUCCUCCUAAGGUGCAGAGCCCGUCGGAAGUGGACCGGAGCGACGACCGCAAGCUGCCAUCGAACCCGGGCGAGGUGGAGGCCCUGCGGCGGGGCGCGUCGGCGACGGCGCGGAACCCGCUGGUGGCCUUCUCCUUCUCCGAGCUCAGGAAGGUGGCCAACGACUUCCGGAAGGAGGCGCUCAUCGGCGGCGGCGGAUUCGGCCGUGUCUACAAGGGUUCCUUCGCGCCGCCAGCCGGGACAGACGCAGACCUGAGCGGCGGCACCACCCUGCCGGUGGCCAUCAAGGUGCACGACGGCGACAACAGCUUCCAGGGCCACCGGGAGUGGCUGGCGGAGGUGAUCUUCCUGGGCCAGCUGUCCCACCCGAACCUGGUGAAGCUGGUGGGGUACUGCUGCGAGGGCGAGCACCGCGUGCUGGUGUACGAGUACAUGGCGCUGGGCAGCGUGGAGUCGCACCUCUUCUCCCGCACGUCGCCGCCGCUGCCGUGGGCGACGCGGAUGAAGAUCGCGCUGGGCGCCGCGCGCGGGCUGGCGUUCCUCCACGACGCCGAGCCCCGCCCCGUGAUCUACCGCGACUUCAAGACCUCCAACAUCCUGCUGGACGCCGACUUCAACGCCAAGCUCUCCGACUUCGGGCUCGCCAAGGACGGGCCCGUCGGGGAGCAGUCGCACGUGUCCACGCGGGUCAUGGGCACCUACGGCUACGCGGCGCCCGAGUACAUGAUGACGGGGCACCUCACGGCGUCCAGCGAUGUCUACAGCUACGGCGUCGUCCUGCUGGAGCUGCUCACGGGCCGGCGGUCGCUGGACCGGUCGCGCCCGCCGCGGGAGCAGGCGCUCACCGACUGGGCGCUCCCGGCGCUGCCGCACAAGAAGCGCGUGCAGGGCAUCGUCGACCCCAGGCUGGCGGGCGGAGCCGGCGGAUGGGACGACCCGCCGCCCGCCAGGGCCGUGCAGAAGACGGCCAUGCUCGCGUACCACUGCCUCAACCGCAACCCCAAGGCGCGGCCGCUCAUGCGCGACGUCGUCGCGUCGCUGGAGCCGCUACAGCAGCCGCCCGAGGACCCAGCAAACGCCGCCGUGUGA